CCGGUCACCGCCCACCACGUGACGCCGGGCGCUAUAAAUAGCGAGCCGCUGCUCCGCCUCUGCCCGAGCCGGCGCCGCGCGGGAGGGCACCUCUCGGGUCUGGGCGCAGCACCAAGGCCCUGCGCAUGGAGGCGGCGGCUCGCCUGCGGGCGCGGACGUUGCCUGCCAAGGCCCAGCUGCGGUGGAUGGAGAGGCCCUCGGGGGUCAGCCCUGUGUACUGCCGUGCCCAGCAUCUCCACCAGGCCUGCUGCUGAGGAGCCCCUGCUCUGGCCCUCACCGUUGCCCCCGCCUUCCCAUGGCCCGUGCUGCCAGGCCUGGGGCCCUCGCUGCCGCCUGAACCCCCUGCCCCCCUCCAGGAUCCGCCGUGCCCCGAUGGGGUAACGUGACCGAGGCCUCGAACACCAGAAGCCACAGCUGCUGCCUGCCACCCCACCCGGGCUGCUGGAGCUGGUUCAGUUCAAGUUCAUUGACCUUUGGUCCUUGGGAGUUUGGGCCACCUUUGAGUGAGCGGGGCUCUUCACCACCCACGGAUGCAGAGAGUCCCCGCAGACACUGCCCACAGCCAGACUCACUGUGGGUUUUCACAGUUUGUUUUUUGGUGAUAAGUACAGGGAUCUCAUCCUACCUUGUUUUGGGGGCUGGUGGGGUUUCUCUGGUGGGUCCCGGCCCUCUACCUGCUCCUGGGGAGGAGGCAUGGCGCGUAUGAACCGACCCGCCCCCGUGGAGGUGAGCUACAGGAACAUGCGCUUCCUCAUCACGCACAAUCCCACCAACGCCACCCUCAGCACCUUCAUCGAGGACCUGAAGAAGUACGGGGCCACCACUGUGGUGCGCGUGUGCGAGGUGACCUAUGACAAGGCCACACUGGAGAAGGAUGGCAUCACUGUGAUGGACUGGCCUUUCGACGACGGGGCGCCCCCGCCUGGCAAGGUCGUGGAGGACUGGCUCAGCCUGCUGAAGGCCAAGUUCCUGGGCGACCCAGGCAGCUGUGUGGCCGUGCACUGCGUGGCGGGCCUGGGACGGGCUCCGGUUCUCGUGGCGGUGGCCCUCAUUGAGAGUGGGAUGAAGUACGAGGACGCCAUCCAGUUCAUCCGGCAGAAGCGCCGGGGGGCCAUCAACAGCAAACAGCUCACCUACCUGGAGAAAUACCGGCCCAAACAGAGACUGCGCUUCAAAGACCCCCACACGCACAAGACCAAAUGCUGCGUCAUGUAGCUCAGGACUCCGCGGCGGGGGCUCCUGUCCUGACAGCCUCCGCCCGCCCUCCCCUCCUGUGCCUCAGCUGCCCGCGUCCGAGGAGCCCAUGGGCCGUGUCCUUGCUCUGCCUGCCCGCCUGCCCCAGGCCCUCUGUGCCGGGGCCGACUCAUAGGCUUGGCAGCCCCGUCCCUGGACUCCUGCCUGCACCCUCCUACACCCCACCUCAGGUCCCCUCUGCCCUGCCUUUUGUUGGGUGGAUGGAUUUUUGAACUAGUGGCCAGGCCUCUGCGGGGGCCCUCACCUGUGCUCUGCACUUAAGUUAUUGGAUCCCGGGCGGUCAGGUGCUCUGGACACUCGAAGGCAAUAAAGAGCGAGCCGUG